CCUGCCGGUGCCGGGGACUGGUCGUGAGGAGCUACUGUAGCGCUUCAGGAUCGGAUAGUGAACCCGGAGCCAGUGGAACCUGAAGGGUAAAGGAGAAUCAGGGCGGGCACACACCUGGCAGUGACGGCGGCAGCCAUUUUGAGACCACGCGGAAGCUUCGGAUGCAGAGAAGGGGGAUGGAGCGCAUGAGUGAGGAGGCCUUGCGGCUGAAUCUGCUCAAGCGUGGCCUGGAGGGUCCGGACGAGCGGGCCGAGGAGGCGCUGGCCAAGCGCCUGAAGAUGGAGGGCCACGAGGCCAUGGAGCGCCUCAAGAUGCUGGCCCUGCUCAAGCGCAAGGACCUGGCCGCCCUGGAGGGGGCGCUAGGGGCCAGCGUCGGGGGAGGGGGAGGAGGCGACGGGAAGGGCCCCGGCGGGAGCCACCAGGCCCUGCUGGGGGCCGCGGCAGCCGCCGCCGCCUACGAGGAGAAGCUGAACGGGAGCCUACGUGGAGGAGGUGGAGGAGGAGGAGGAGGAGGCCCGGGGAAGAACGGGAAGGAGAACAUGCUGGACGACGGGCCAGUGGACAUGAGCGCCCGGCGGAGCUGGUUGAAUAGGCCGUGCAGUAACUACAAAUGGGACCAAGAAUAUAUCAUUAAUGACCGUGAACGUGAACGCGAUCGUGAACGUGAACGUGAACGUGAACGCGAUCGCGAUCGUGAACGUGAACGUGAACGUGACCGCGAUCGUGAACGUGAACGUGAACGUGAACGUGAACGUGACCGUGAACGCGAACGUGAACGCGACCACAGACGCCGCACCCCGUCCCCAGACGUCAUCGUGCUUUCGGACAACGAGGCGUCCAGCCCCCGUGGCACCCCUCAGCCCGAGGAGCGGCACAAGCUCGCCAACCUCGAGAUGUUCAAGGGUAAAACAGGCGAGGAGCGUCAGCAGAUGAUCAAGGCUCUGCGGGAGGAGUUGCGUCUGGAGGAGGCUCGGCUGGUGCUGCUCAAGAAGCUCCGCCAGAGCCAGAUGCAGAAGGAGAACGUCGUCCAGAAGGUGCCAGUAGUCCAGAAUGCCCCCUCUUCGGUGCAGCCCUCCCCCAUGCACAGCUCUCAGGGUCUGGGCAAGAUGCCCGUGAGACCAGGCAUGCACUCCACAGAGCCCCAGAACCUUCGCACUGCACAGGGUCACACAGUGAUCAGGUCAGCCACCAAUGCCAACCUGCCCCCAAUGAUGAUGUCACAGAGGGUGAUUGCCCCCAACCCGGCCCAGCUCCAGGGUCAGAGGUUGCCCUCCAAGCCUGGCAUGGGUCGCCCCAACACAGGGGGCAUGGGCAACGCCGUCAGCUACCAGCAGGCCACCAGCCAGCAGGUGGCGGCGUCCCAGCGCUCGGCCUCCUCCUCGGCCAUCUACAUGAACCUGGCGCACAUGCAGGCGGCGGGAGCCGCCGGGGUCGGUGGCGGAGUGGGCGGCGUGGGCGCGGUCAGCCCCUCCGGGAUGCCCAGCGCCACCGCGGUGGCGUCCAUGCAGGACCAGGCCAGCAGCCAGGCGGCCGCCAAGCUGGCGCUGCGCAAGCAGCUGGAGAAGACCCUGCUGGAGAUCCCGCCGCCCAAGCCGCCCGCGCCGCUCCUCCACUUCCUGCCCUCGGCCGCCAACAGCGAGUUCAUCUACAUGGUGGGCCUGGAGGAGGUGGUGCAGAGCGUCAUCGACAGCCAACACCAGGGUAAGCUGCGGGGCUCGAUGUCCAACACCGAGCCGUUCCUGUGCGCCCAGUGCAAGACGGACUUCACCCCCCACUGGAAGCAGGAGAAGGGCGGGCGCAUCCUCUGCGAGCAGUGCAUGACGUCCAAUCAGAAGAAGGCGCUGAAAGCCGAGCACACCAACCGGCUGAAGAACGCGUUCGUCAAGGCCCUGCAGCAGGAGCAGGAGAUUGAGCAGAGGCUCCAGAAGCAGGCCGCUCUCUCCCCCAGCACCGCCCAGACGGUGACCAGCGUCAGCAAGGCCGAGACCAUGAUCCGGCACCAUGCCCUCAGACAGGCUCCUCAGCCCCAGGCUGCGGCUAUGCAGCGAAGCUUGUCCAGCUCAGCGCGGGGCGUCCUGUCCAACUUCGCCCAGGCCUCCCAGCUGCAGGUGGCCAGCGGCCUGCUGGGGAUGGCCGGGAAGCACUGCGGUGGAGGAGGAGGUGGAGGAGGAGGUGGUGGAGGCAGCAGCCGGAGUCAGCAUGACAGCCACAGGCAGAUCUACAACAUCCCCGGACUGAACAUAGCCUAUCUGAAUCCUGGAGCCGUUGGGGGCCACAAAGCGUCCAGCCUAGCAGACCGGCAGCGGGAGUACCUGCUGGACAUGAUCCCGCCGCGGUCCAUAUCGCAGUCCAUCACUGGACAGAAAUGAGCUCCAAGCCAGGACCCGGACCACCCCGCCCCCCAAA